GAGCUUUCCUGCGGUUGAACCCAGAAUGUCCUUACUCAUAACCACAGAUACUACCACUGUAGCAUCUCUGCUCUGCUUAUUUUCCGUGCUGCUUCUUUCAAUUGCGUAUCCAAAUAGGUAUAUCGGUACUUAUCCACGUCCCGAGCUUCUCGGUCCUAUCGGCUUUCCCAUCGUUGGCAACUUGUUUCAAGUAUAUCCUUGGCGCACUCGGUUUCUGCUAUGGCUUCAGAGAAUGCACAGUGAAUUUGGUCCACUUUGGACGUUUACGAUGCCUCCAUGGGGUCGCGGUGUCAUUAUCAAUCGACCUGAAUGGCUGGCACACGUGAAGCACCUUGAAGUGGACAUACAGAAAUACAGCAGGGUGCCUGUGUCAAUCACCAUUUUUAGCGAGUUUCCCGGGAAGAAUACCCCAUUGGCUUCCGAAGGAGCAGAAUGGCGACUGGCACAGAGAACUGUGUUUCCCAUUUUCACUCAUAGGUCGUUCAGUGAUCACGUUGCGAUCGCAAUGCAUGAAAUCAUUCUCGUCACCAGAGCAUUAUUGCGGAGUGCGAGCAUGGAAUGUGUACCCAUCGACUGGAAUGAUCUAGCAGGGCAUGUUGCAAUUGCUAUAUCCUGCAAGUCUUCACUGAGCAUCAACACCGGUUUGCUCACGGAGGAUGUUGACUGCAUGAAGAAGUCCAAUGCAAUUCGGGAUGCGCUCAGUAUCUUGAAUCGCACAUCCUCAAGUCGCUUGCUCAACCCGUUUUGGAUGAUUACUGAGAAGUUCAAUGGCAUUGCCAACGAAGUCGACCAUGCGCGUUCGACUGUCCGGGACUAUGUAGCGAAAGUCGUUCAUGAUCGCCAGAGUGCUACAACGGACGUCAACUUCGAUAUACCUGCAGAUUUUCUAGGACAACUUGCUCGAAAGCCAGAUAAUGACCCAAUGCGCAUGCGUGAUAUAUUGGUGACACUGUUGUUUGCGGGACAAGAUAAAAUCCAGAAUGCGCUUGGAAGGUCACUGCAUGAACUACUCAAAACGCCUUGCUGGGUGGGUAGGAUGAGGGAAGAGGCAUUGCAAAAUGCUCCUGAAGGUUCACGGAUACUUUAUUCUGAUCUAAUGGUGAGUCGAUAUCAUGUCCAUCUUGCUGUAUUCUAUGAGACAGUGCGUCUGUGGCCUGGUCUUUCAAAUAACGCAUGCGUAGCCCUCUGUGACGACAUUCUCCCUGCUAUUCCUGAGCACGGCCUGCCCGAAGUCAAGAUAGAGAAGGGUGAUCGCUUAUUCUCGUCUGACUAUAUCAUGAUGCGCGACAAGGCUAUUUGGGGUGCUGAUGCUGGCGUAUUCAAUCCUGGCCGUCAUCUCAAUGCGGACGGACAAUUUGUCAAACCGGCAGCUUCUAUAUUCGUAGGUUUUGGAGCUGGACCUCGCCUUUG